AUGUGGUCCAACUUCUUUGUGCAGCAGGAUGAUGAUGGUCGUAUUGGGGUGGCAGGGGUUGGCCAAAGUGGGGGUUUGGGUGCCAUGAAAGGUGGGAGGGCACAGAGGCGAACCCACAGGAUGAAUGACAGCCUAGAGGGGAAGAUCAAGCUGGCAUUCUUCGUAUCUAUCAUUGGUGUGACCCUCACAGUGUUGGGCAUGGGGACAGAGUUUUGGGUGGAGCUGGCCCAAUCAAAGAAUUUCAGCGGCAACCAGACCUGCCAGAUGGCCCAUUAUGGCCUGUGGAAGGGCUGCAUCCGCACCCUAUGGGUGGCUGACAUAGACCCAGAGAGGACAAGCUGUGGCCCCGCUGAACUACCUGGAGAAUCCAACUGCACCUACUUCAAAUUCUUCACCUCCGGGGAGAACGCAGUCAUAUUCAAGAAGACGACUAACAAGAGCUUGAAUCUGGCAGCAGCUGUCUUGGCCCUGAUGAGUCUGACCAUGAUGGUGAUGGGCUCCAUCUGUAUCGUCAUGUCCCUCAGCAAAGGAGUUCCCUUCUUUCUCAAGCCGGCAUCCUUCUGUUUCAUCCUGUCAGGCAUCCUGGUCCUUCUCUCCAUCCUGAUAUUCCACCAGUCAGUGUUGGCCCUUCUGUCCAGUGACCACUCCAUACCUGUACACCAUGAGCUAUCCUGGUCUGUGGUGUGUGCGGGUUCUUCGGGAGCUAUCCUCAUUUUUGGAGGUCUCCUUUUCAUCAUCCUCUCGCUUCCUUUCAGCCCCUGGCAGAAAUGCUUGCCGCACAAGAACAGUGCCACUUAG